AUGUUGAAUCAAGCCCUUUUCGUCACCCUCGUGGGCGUUGCCGUGCAGGCUGCCCAACAUGACGGAAUCUCCAUGGAACCUCCAAUCUUGCCACAGGUCAACAACCUGGUGUUCUCGGGCGCUGGUUGUUCGCAAGGAACGGCCAACGCAACCUGGAGCCCGGCCAGCUGGUCCGACUGGACCGUCAGUUUGCACGACUUGAAUCUUGAAGCCACUGGGAAACCCGGUCCAGGAGGACUGCCAUCCGAGUCAGACUGCACAAUCCAUGCCACAUUUUCAAACACCUCACCCGGUUGGCAGUUGGCCCUCGAGACAGUGUCCAUCCGCGGCUAUGCGGCGCUAAGCAGUGGGAGCUCCAUCUCGGCGGCGGCAAGCGUGUCAUGGGCAUCAACCGCUGGAGCUUCUGGAACUGGGCACAAAACGGCGGCACCUGCGCCAGCCGAGCGCAAUGUGUCGCUGACCAACAGCCGGACAAUGGACGAGGCAAGUGCAAUGGGAGCGCUGCUGGACUUUUCCAGCGUACCAGUGUGGUCGGGCUGCUCAGAUGGAGCCGAGCUCGGUAACCUGGCUCUCAGAUUCCGCUUCGGAGUGCAUGUUCAGACCAACUCGACAAACGGCUAUGCGGCCUUCGGCGGCCUCGUCGAUGACGGCCAUGGUGAGAUCUCUGCCCGGCCUGCCGUCGUUCAGCGUCUGCAGUGGGCGUGGCGUUCGUGCCAUGUCACCAUGGGCUCGACGACAUUCUUUCCAAAGCCCAAGACGACAACACAGGCGACUACCGUAUCGACAAACUCGACGGCAUGGACAACCGCGGCAUCUGCCAACACGACAGCCGCAACAACAACAGUAACGACAGAUGGAAAGGCCCCCCCAUUUGGCAACUCGACAACGGCGUUGCGGAGCCAUCCGACUCGGACGGCUACAACCAAGAGCAGUAGCUUUUCCUGGAUCACCUCGACGCAGACUGCCAGCAGCUGGCACAACACGACGACACCGCUCUGGACGAACGGCACAAGCACUGGCAGCACGUCUCGGGCAGCAUUGUUGCCGACACAGAGGUAG